AUGUUUUGCGCAGUGCUGUUUCGGCGAUUGCUCAAACAGGACCUACCCAUUGGAAGCAUCAUACUACAACAUCCGUUGACGCAUGCUCUCCAACACAGAUUUUUACAGUAUCUCGGAGAACCUCCGGCGGAUAAAUCUGCUACUCUUUGGCUCGUGUUCGAUUCGUUUGCACUGGAUGGCUUCAGUACAUAUGUAAACGCUGCUGCCUCCUGGGAGGGAGCCCGUGUGCACAUCUUCGGACUAUCCCUUGUGCUCACUGCGCCCCAUACGGGAUUCCUUCCGGCUGUAGCAUACCCUGUUUUCUGCGGUACGCUUCGCGCGGUCACAUCAUGCAGCGCUGGUCUCAAGCCCGACGUUAAAGUUGCCCUGGAGGCGAAGUUGCGUCUAAUGGGUGGUACGAGUGAAGGCCAAUUGAAGCACCGCACGACACAUCUGAUCACGGCCGACGUAUUGUCGGAUAAAUACAAGGUUGCGCUGGGAGGUAUGUCGUAUAUAGCCUUUUUGGUGGUUAAAUACAAGGUUGCGCUGGGAGGAUCUAAGACCAUCGUCCAGCCCUCCUGGGUCGGUGCUUGCUGGACGGCCUCAGAACAUCUGUUUCUCGACUACAUCUCUCAGAAGAGCACAAGCGACGUACGCAAACCUCCGCGUGCAGAUCUGGACUUCGAGCUGUUGCAACGCACACACCGUCUGCCACCGUUUGCGGCGCUGGUGGUGUGUGCUGUGGCCUUGGACGAAGAAGAACGCAAUCUGAUUGAGAGUCUCGUGAAUAGCAAUGGGGGACAAUUUCAUCGCGCCAUGUCUAAAGUGGCGGGGAAAACGGGUCAGUUUAUCAUCAAAGUCGAUGGCAAAGACCAGCUCAUCAAGAUAAAAACCCGAAAGGAAGGUACCGCAGGAUACGCAAAAUCGGGACUAACUGAGUCCAAAAAUUCAGAUCGGGGCAAUUUGGUGAUCUGCGACUCAUUGCAGGGAGAUAGCGCUCUUUUAUCUGCUAACCACAGUGCAGCUAGCACCCUUGCGGCUCCAGGUAAAUGUACGCGGGAAAGAAAAUGUACGUCUGUAGAUGAUGGCAGUGAUGUGAGCGAUGGUGUCAGGAACAGUACCAAAGACGUCAAACCAGUAGUACGGAGAGACAAGGAUGGGAAGCUUUUAAGUAUAGAUGAACACACCCAUGACACGGACAUGGGGCCCAUUCGUAGUAGGUACAAGGACACGGUAACUAAAGAAACAAACGGGGACAGGAGGUAUAGGGAGCCUUCAGAACAUGUGCGAGAGGCAAGGCGAGAUAGAGAGAAGCAACAGUACAUACAGAGAAAUGUGGAGAUGAGCAGACAGCGGGAUGUGGCGCGCGAAAGGGAACGAGCGCAGGAGAAGGAGAAAGCCCGCGUUCGUGUGAAAGUGGAACAGAACCCUAAAACCCUGGAAACCAAGGGUAUGUCUGCCGAUAUGCCAGGGUUGAAGAUGGAUAUGGGCGCGUAUCUGGAGGCGUAUGAUGAGUAUGCGGAUACAGUGGUACCAAGUCAACCGACAAACGGGGUGACUGAAGCGUCUGCACGGGCUAGUAAACGCACACGAACACGUACAGAAGACAGCUCACGGGAGAUAGUUAUCAACGCUUCUGAGAGGCAGAAGAACACACGCACGCACACACACACUGCUGUAGGUAAGCACGCGACGACAGGGAAAAUGGCCCAUUCAGCUAGAGCCAAGUCGAACGGACCGACUACAUACAUAGCCACGCACGAAGCAGCACACACCGAGGCACAGGCAGACAGCAGGCACAACUCAGCACAUCAAGCAAGUCAAUCGGAGACACACAGGGAUAAUACACACACUUCAACGUGUGCAACAACCGCACAACCAGGGAACCAGCCCAACUGGAACGGACCCCUUAUGUCGAGCACUCCAACCACGCCGUCACCUUUAAAUGUUCGAUUGUCUGUGGCAUUGCUGAGUGUCUUGGCCAAUCAGAAGGCGCUACAGAAAGCCGUUGCCGUGGCAACCGCGGCGUCGAAGAGCAGAGAGGGUUUGAUGGGAGAUGAUGCGGGGACGGUGGGCCAUGACGGGCUCAUGAGUCAUUGUGCUGUGUUCCUCAUCGGACUAUCCAGCAAAUCGUCCAGCCGCAGUCUCAUCCGCCAGUGCCUGAGUCGCAUGGGAGCGUCGCGGUUCGUAUCACUCAACCGCACAGUAACGCACGUGAUAGUAGCGGGCGACUUCAGAGAAGGCACACAACACGACCACGACCACACACACGCCCAACUGACAGAGAUACUCGCACAGACACGCAGAUGUGCUGCGACGGGAGGCUUGUUAGGGUUCAAGAUGGUGUCCCUGGAUUGGCUGCUGGACUCGUGUACACGGCAGAGGCUGCUGGCAGAGGAGAGAUAUGAGGUGUAUAUGCGCGAGGGUGUGGUGGGGAAUAUGCGACGCGGUGUUGCAUAUGGCGAGCGGGGAAGCGUGGCGAGUGAAUACACACUGGCUGUAGAUAUCGCGGAUAAGCAGUCGGUCAGAAACUUGGAAAAUUGGGAAGAAGUAUUUCCGAGGGAGGGAACGGAUGUGGAGGACAAUUAUCCAGGAAUGGAUGAAGAACUCGAGAACACUAGGCGGGCUGCUGGGGUGGGAGGAAGUAGGAGAAGUAGAGACGAGGGCCCUGCGGUUAAAGCGGUUAAAAGUGAAAAGGCUGCGAUUAAAGUCGAAGACCUUGUGGGAGAAGAUGAGCCGACUGCGGUGAAAGGUGAGGCGCAAGAUGACGGCUACAGUGGCGAUAGGGAUCCACGGAACAAAGCACAAACCCAGGACACGAACCCAACCCGCAACCAAACCUUUAGUAAUAACCCAACCCACAACCAAACUAUUGGUAAGAAUAGCGCAGCUGCUGAUACCACCAAGUCAGCUGCUUCUAGAGACAGCUAUAGCAAUAACAUAUUUAGUAAGAGUGCCAACGCCAGCGGCACACACGGCUACAACAAUAGGGACGGCAAACGUGGCGUGGGUGUUACCGGUGAGGUGGAGGUACCUCUGACGGGUGGUGACAGCACAACCAUACACGGUGGAUGCGAUCACACCACUCGCAGCCACAGCGGUAACCAUGGCAACGAUAAGUCCACGGACUCUGGCAGCUCAGAUAAACCUGGUCAGGUAAACGGUCACCACUCCCCAAGGGAGGAGACUGCCAGUGCCAAGGCCAAUACUACUCGAGGCACGGAUACGCAGACGCACUCCCUUCACUCCAACGAGGGCUCUGACAGUGACAGCAGCGCUGAAGACAUUGUACAGAUGUUUGCGGGUAGUGUGGUGGUUCUGCCUCCCGGGUUCCAUUCGGGCGAGACCGAGCUCAUUGUGGAGUCGAUUGAGGAGAGAGGGGGGGAUGUGUACCUGGGCACACAGGCUCAGGGCGAUUUAACGCGUUACCUGGGGGUGUGUGAACGGAAGUCCGCGGAUGUACUUACAGACACGGCUCAACAAACAACAACUGUGUACCUAUUGCUGCCAACGGUACACGGACGGGACAUACGAAGCCAUGCCGAUGUGAUGUUGCGAGGCUACACCGGCGCGUGUGUGUGUGUUAACGAGUUGUGGCUGGAGGUGUGUGUGAACACCAACCGUCUGGAAGCUAUGACACCCGCACCCAAUCAUCCACCUAAACAGAGCGACACGCACGCGCAGCACCAAUCAGUGGCCAGUAGCCCUAUCCCAACCACGUCUAAGUGUGACUACUCGUACCAGUACACCCCUUUAUUAGCCCCUGUUCCGACGGCAAUGGCCCUGGUGUCACUGUUUGCAGGUGUGCUCUGCAGUGCCUCGCAACUAACGCGUGCGCGCAGAGAGUUCGUGUCUGCGCUGAUGCAGUACUGUGGGGGUAUGUACACAACGGAUCUGUAUCGCAAGGUGUCCCAUUUGGUGUGUGAGAGGGCCGAGGACAAGAAGUACAGGACAGCCACGGCAUGGGGCAUCAAAUGCGUCACCGCACAGUGGCUUAUUGACUGUGUGCAGCGUGGAGCUGUGCUGCCUGUGGACACCACACGACACCGUGUGGGCGAGGAGACGUCCGCUAACACAGACACACAACUCAGCACACAAGGCACACAGCUACACACACAGCCAAAUACAUAUACGCCCGGGGAUACCCAAGCAACCGUACACACACACAUAGAUGGGGUCUCACAUAGUCCAGUGGACACCCAAGUGCCCGUCUACUCGCACAGAGAUAGGCAUACACGUACACAAAGUGAGACUCAGCCACCUGUGCACACACAGAGGGAGAGCAAUACACACACGGCACCACCCGCACACAGCCAGGCACACCCACAGCCACCGCCACACCCACACACACACCUGCCCGUGCACACCACACACAUCCCACCCACCAGGAGAAACAACCACACAGCCGACACUGUGUCUGUGGACCAUGGUGACGGACGCAUGGGCGCGCACGUGGUCAGCGUAGAUGGGCGAAUAACCGAGCGAGGGGUUGCUAUGGAAACGAUGACCGCCGCUGAGGUGAUAGAAUUGGACGCGGUCGAGGUGCCGGAUCCAGAACCGUCCCAGGUUGCCAUAGCAACGGAUGGCAGCGUCGUGGAUAUCACAGGGGCCAAUGAACCUACAUCUGGUGCAAAUGACAAGGAGUCAACUCCACGCCUAUGCUCACAGCUGACCAAAUCACUCCGAAGGAAAAUGCUCGAGGUCUGUGGUUAUGCUAAGAUUGGUUUCAUGUAG